AUGGGGUCUACCGGCCUCUUCGAAUCUUUUCUCGGCGCCAUCCAGGCCUCCCUCUCAGUCCUCCUCGUCAUGACCUAUGGCGGCGUCGCGGGCUGGCUGGGACUUCUCGACCGCAAAAGCAGCAAGAAGAUCUCCAAGAUCUGCGUCCAGCUUUUUUUGCCUGCGCUUCUCAUCACCAAAGUCGGCUCUCAACUCGACCUCGACUCCGUCAGCAACUAUGUCCCCAUCGUCAUCUGGGGUGUAGUCUGCCACAUUGUCUCCUUUGGCAUCGGCAUGCUCGCCCAAUUCGGUUUCGGAAUGCCCAACUGGGCCUCCGUCGCCAUCCUCAUCAACAACACCACGAGUUACCCGCUCCUCCUCAUUGGGGCACUACAAGAGACGGGAAUUUUGGACACGCUGGUCAUGGGAGAUGAAUCCAGCAAGGAAGCAGUCGAGCGCGCCAAGUCGUACUUUUUGGUGUUUUCAACAAUCUCCAACUGCAUUACUUUUGCGGUUGGUCCUCGUUUGCUCGAGGACACGGACUCGUGGGAUGGCGAGGACAAGGAUGGUUCGGACGAGAGCGGAGGCGGGAAUCAGGAUGAUGAAGAAGCGAGUGCGGACGAGCAGACUCGUCUCCUCGGGAACCGGAACAGCUCGUCGAGUGGGCGCGACAACCGGCAGCAGGAGAACUACACGGACGAGCACCCUUUUUUUGUGUCGCAGGAGCAGUGGGAUGGUCUCUCCCCUCGUGCCCAGUGGUGGGUGUCGCUCGUCCUGUCCUUUUUCAACGCCCCCCUCAUUGGGGCGGUGAUUGGCGCUGUGGUUGGCCUGGCUCCCCCUCUUCACAAGGCCUUUUUUGCCCCGACUCAAGAAGGCGGUAUCUUCACCGCUUGGUUGACCGCUUCCCUCAAGACGAUCAGCCAGUUGUUUGCGCCCCUGCCUGUCCUCGUCACUGGGCUUUCGCUGUUCAACUCGAUCAAGGAGUUCCGCAAGAGCAGGAAACAAGGGAGGGAAGAUGGGAAGCUGAGGAAGAUUGUCCCCUGGGGUACGGUGUCGUUUAUUCUGCUGGUGCGGUUUGUCAUCUGGCCGGUGAUGAGCAUCGGGACGAUUUGGCUGCUGGCGACGAAGACGGAUUGGGUGGGGAGUGAUCCUAUUUUGUGGUUUACCAUGAUGCUUAUGCUGCGGGGCCGUCGGCACAGAAGUUGA